AUGGAACCUAUUGGUAAUCCUUGUCCUAUCUGUGGGGAUAAAAUAUCUGGUUAUCAUUAUGGUAUUUAUACUUGUGAAAGUUGUAAAGGUUUUUUUAAGAGAACAGUUCAGAAUAACAAACAAUUUGUGUGUCAUAGAAACAAUGAUUGUGAAGUGAAUAUUUUUAAUCGUAAAAAAUGCCCAGCCUGUAGAUUUAUGAGAUGUCUAAAUAUGGGUAUGAGAUUAGAAGCUAUCAGAAGAGACAGAACAAGAGGUGGUAGAAGUUCUUAUGAUGGGUGUAUUAUACCUAAAAAACCAACACAGUUAGAAAGGAAAUUAAAAAGAACUUUAACUGGAAUGAAAUCACCAGAUGAAAUGGCACUACCACUAAAUAUCACUGUAUCAGGUGAUCAUAAUAAAAGUCAUUUGGUAGCAAUAUUAAACCACUCCAACCCACGGUCUAAUAGUUAUACUGAUAACUCAGGUCCUCAAACACCAGAACUUUUGACCGAUAUCAUGAAUUUAGAGCCGUUGUUAACAGAUGAAGAUAUUGUACAAGAUAGUAAUACAGAUGGUAGUGAGACUCAAGAAUCUAUAUUGAAUUACCUGACACAAUUAACAGAACUAAGAUUAUAUAAAUUAGUACGUUGGGCCAGAAAUUUACCACAAUUCGGCGCCAUUUCUACAGAUGAUCAGAUAUUAUUACUACAGAGUUGUUGGAGUGAUUUAUUAGCUCUAGGUGUUUGUUGGAGAACUAUGGAAGAACCUAGUAGUUUAAGAAUCUCUGCCACUAAAACUAUUAGCAUGGAGUUUGCUACAAGUGUUGGAUUCCAGGAAGUUGUCACCCGUCUCUUGUCACUGUCAGAACAUUUCCAUAAAUUAAAAAUGGAUCAAGUAGAAUACGUGGCUUUAAAAGUUUUAUUAUUAAUUACACCAGACGUGAAAGGUGUAAAAGAACCAGCGAAAGUUUCCGAACAUCAAGAAAAAUUAAUGGAGGCUUUGGAAAUUUAUACUUGUAGCCACUUUCCUCGAUCACCAAGUAAAUUUGGAGAACUGUUAUUAAGAUUACCAGAGUUAGCACGUGUUAGUUUUAUUGCUAAAGAAUUAUUAUUAAAACAUUUACCGAAAGAUACAACAACUUGUGGGUUACUUGUCGAACUAUUGAAAGGAGAAAAUGCAGCUAAAGAAGCCUCAUGA